CGCUUCCACGCGAAAUAUUGGUGCAUGCGUGUUUGUGUGUACGUGCAUGGGCAAAGUGUAUCGUGGAAAAUGCUUCCAAUCAGAAUUUGGAAGUUUUUUCCAUAUUGAUUAGUUAUGUCGCUUUUGUUGUUUACUCGCUACACUUUUUUUGGCCAGUUAAAUUGUGUGUGUUGUUGUGUCCAAAUACGCGGCAAAAAAAUUUGCUAAAAAUUGCGAGAAAUAAGAACAAAUUGGACCAAAGGCACAAGCAAGUAAUUAAUAAUAAGCAAAGCAAAAACAAAAGACGCGGAAGAGGAGGAAGAGGAAGAAGAGGAAGCAGCAGCAACUGCGAACAGCGAACAGCGAAAACUGCAAUCGAUAGGCAAAUUCGAAAAUCGCGACACAGCGAUCACACAAACGCUCGAUGUCCGCGGGUGUGGGAGGCGGCGGAGGUAGCAUAACCACAACAACAACAACCGAUCAUCACAGCCGCUUGUAUUUCCUCAAUUCGCCAACAACAACGCCGCUGACCGCCCGCGAUCCGUUCUUCAUAAAGCCCGAAUACCUCAACUAUGAGAAUCCCAUGCACCAUUUGUAUCCAAGUCAGCGGGGACUUAUAGAAUAUAAUAAUUAUACGACAACAGUUGCUGCCGCUGCCGCUGCCAGCGUUAGUACAGGCGCUGCUGCUGCUGCUGCCGCUGCUGCUGCCGCCGCUGCUGCCGCUGCUGUCGUUACAAGUAACAACAAUAAUAACAGCAGUACAAGCAACAACAACAAUAGUAGUAGUAGCAACAACAACAAUAAUAGCGAGAACAACUUCCAGCCACAAACGAGUAAUUCGCAACAACAUCCGCAACAUUCGCAUACGCAGCAACAACAUCCGCAUACACAGCAGCAACAUACACAGCAGCAACAUACACAGCAGCAACAUUCACAGCAGCAGCAGCAACAACAACAACAACAUCCCCUGCAUCACCAUUUGUCGACGGGCGUCGUCGUCAACGUCAACGGCGUCGUCGCACUUGGCCACCAAUCGUCACGUGCCCAGAAAGCAGCGCGUCGACGCAGCAACGAAUCUGUGGAGGCACGGGAACGACGUCUGGAAAGGAACGCGGCUAGAAUGCGUGAUAAGAGAUCUAAGGAAUCGGAGGCGGAAUAUCGCCUACGUUUGGCUAAGAACGCCGAGGCGAAUCGCGUGCGACGCCAAAACGAAACCGAAGUACAAAGAACCCUAAGACUGAUGAAAAACGCCGCCCGACAGCGACUGCGACGCGCCAGCGAAUCAAACGAUGAGCGCAAAAAGCGUUUGGCCAAAGCGGCCGAGAGAAUGCGAACAGCGCGCGCAAGUGCGCCCAAGGUGAUUAAACCGCCACUGGAGGAUCGCCUCAAGGGCUACUAAAGAGAGCGGACAAGAGAGCGGACAAGAGAGCAGCAGCACGGCAGACGAGAGAGCGAUCAGCAGAUGAGAGAGGAGCAGCAGCAGCAGGCAAGAGAGCGGGAGAGAGAGAGAGAGACGGUAAACGUGACAGGACACACGACGUGCUGGCACUGGAGCUGGCUCCAGCAAAUUGAACCAGUGAUGAACCUUAGGAUGAACUGCAUCCAGUCUAGCAAACAGACAGACAGAGACGGCAACACUGAACACACUCACACACACACAGAGACACAACACGAUAUCCAGCUAGAAUCUUAGGACACAGCAAUCUAAUCAGAAACCAGGAAAUGUACACAAACCAGAGAGAAGAAGAAGAGAAGAGCAGAAGCGUAGUAGAAAAAAGGAGCAAAAACUAGGAGGAGCAACAUACACAUGUAUGUAUGUGUAUGUGAAAAAGGAGCAACGUCAUCAACGUCGUCGUUUUAGACAGCAAAAAAACAAAAACAAAAAAGUAAUGCAAAAAA